GGGGGCGGGCCGAGGGAGGUGCUCGGGCAGCGCGGCGCUAGCUGCCAAUGCCUCCUCCUUUGCUCGCUGCCACCCUUCCGAGCCACCUGUAGAGCCCAGGCAGCCGUUGGUCUCCCCCUCCCCCCGGACCUCUCCAACCCCUGCCCCCGCUCCUGUGGGAGCCCCCCGCAAGCCCCUGCUCUUCAUCCCAGCUCCAUAGCGAUCUGCUCCCCCACUUCCCCGCCCCCGCCGAGUGGGGCGCAGCGCUCUGGACAUGUAGCAGCCUCGGCGGCGGCGGCCCUGGGACAAUCAGCCAGCCCCCUGCCUCUGCGCCCCGGCCUCUGGCCGCACCCCAGCGCAAAGUUAGACUAUGGCUCGGAACAUCUCUCUGAAUUUCCGCGUGGUGGAGGGACGGGACCUGCCGGCCAAAGACGUGUCUGGCAGCAGUGACCCCUACUGCAUUGUCAAGGUGGACCAUGAGGUGGUGGCCAGGACAGCGACCGUGUGGAGAAACCUGAAUCCGUUCUGGGGAGAGGAGUACACCCUGCACCUGCCCCUGGACUUCCAUCAUUUGGCCUUCUAUGUUCUGGAUGAAGACACCAUUGGACAUGAUGACAUCAUUGGCAAGAUCUCUCUGAGCAAGGAGACCAUUGCAGCAGCAAGCCCCCGAGGGAUUGACAGCUGGCUCAAUCUGAGUCAUGUGGACCCCGAUGAAGAGGUGCAAGGGGAGAUCCACCUGGAUGUGAAACUAUUGGCAGAAGCCCAGGGGCCUCGGCUCCGCUGCCACAUCAUCAAGGCUCGCGACCUGGCCCCCCGAGACCUCUCCGGCACCUCGGACCCCUUUGCCCGCAUAUUCUGGGGCAGCCAGAGCCUUGAGACAAUGACCAUCAAGAAGACACGGUUCCCCCACUGGGAUGAAGUGCUAGAGCUUCAUGGCGAGGAGGGCCCGCUCCGUGUGGAGGUGUGGGACUGGGAUAUGGUGGGCAAGAAUGACUUCCUGGGAAUGGUGGAGUUUCCUCCUGACAUCCUGCUCCAGUGUCCCCCCAGUGGCUGGUUCCGUCUGCUACCCUUUGCCAGUGCUGAAGAGGAUUCUGGGGGUAAGCUGGGAGCUCUUCGGCUCAAGGUGCGGCUGGCUGAGGAACGCAUCUUGCCUUCCGUGUAUUACCAACCCUUGAUUGAAUUACUGGUGGAAUCUGUUUUGUCACCGGCCCAGGAUGACACUGUGACCCCUUUGGCCAUGCUGGAUGAAGUGAGCUCUGGGGAGAGUCGGCAGGACAUUGCAACCCAACUGGUGAAAAUAUUCUUGGGUCGGGGUCUGGCUGUGCCCCUUCUGGACUACCUCAAUCUUCGGGAAGUGUCCCGGACCACGGAUCCCAAUACCCUCUUUCGCUCCAACUCUCUGGCCUCCAAGUCCAUGGAGCAGUUCAUGAAGUUGGUGGGCACGCCUUAUCUCCAUGAGGUCCUCAAGCCUUGUAUCAACCGCAUCUUUGAGGAGAAGAAAUACAUUGAGCUGGACCCAUGUAAGAUAGAGUUGACACGGACCAGGAGAAUCUCCUUCAAGGGCACCCUGUCUGAGGAGCACGUGCGGGAAAACAGCCUGGGGCUGCUGACGGGAUACCUGGGAGAGGUCCUGGAGGCCAUCACUGGCUCAGUGGACAAGUGCCCUCCAGCCAUGAGAGUGGCUUUCAGACAGCUGCACCGGAGGGUGGAGGAGCGAUUCCCAGAGACUGAGCAUGAGGAUGUCAAGUAUGUGGCUAUCAGUGGCUUCCUCUUCCUCCGAUUUUUCGCUCCUGCCAUCCUCACCCCAAAGCUCUUUGAUCUCCGGGACCAUCAUGCAGAUCCCCAGACCAGCCGUUCCCUGCUGCUACUUGCCAAGGCAGUGCAGAGCAUUGGCAAUCUGGGCCAGCAACUGGGCCGGGGAAAGGAGCAAUGGAUGGUCCCCCUACAUCCCUUCCUUCUCCAGAGCAUCACCCAGGUGAAGGAUUUUUUGGACAAGCUGGUAGACAUUGAUGCUGGAAGUGCCUUGGAGGCCCAGCCAAAGCUCCUGCUUCCUCCAUCGGCCAUCAUCAAGGAAGGCUACCUGCACCUUCGGAAGGCUGAGUCGGGGACCCUGGUUCCCCGCUUUGCCUUCAAGAAGAGGUACUUUUGCCUUAGCGGCGAGACCUUCUCCUAUUCCAAGGCUCCCGAAUGGCAGGUGCGGACCUCCGUCCCGGUGUGUAGAAUCUGUGCCGUGGAGAGGGUGGACGAGAAUGCCUUCCAACAGCCGCACGUGAUGCAGGUCAUCACGAAGACCAGGGACGGGCAGCUGGACACAGCGUACAUUCAGUGCAAGAAUGUGAAUGAACUGAACCAAUGGUUGUCUGCCAUCCGCAAAGCCAGUGUCUGCAAUGAGGGCAUGCUGCCCUCAUGCCACCCAGGGGCCUUCCGAGGCAACCGCUGGACCUGCUGCCUCCAGCAGGAUCGCACAGUCCAGGGCUGUAGCCGCACUCACUCAGCCGUGACCCUUGGAGACUGGAGUGACCCCCUGGACCCUGACGCAGAGGCCCAGAUGGUGUAUCGGCAGCUGCUUCUGGGGAGGGACAAGCUCAGGAAGAAAUAUGUUGAGUUUUCUGAGGAGAUCAAUCUGGAACAGGAGGUGACGCAGGGCCAGAGUGGCCAGGAAGGAGAAAAAUCUGCUGUUUCUGAGCAGCAAAGACCCCCGACAGCUACAGCUGCUGCCCACCUACUGGCUGUGAUUGAGGACCUGGAGCAGACCCACAAGGCCUUUGAGCAGGAAGAGAAGGAGCAAGUAGCUAGAGGCUCCCUUCAUUCCUAAGGUCUUUCAGUCUAGGACACCAUCCUCUUCCUAUUGUCCUGGGACACUUUUUAUCAGGGAAGGAGAUGAAACCCAUGAAUAGUAAAGGGCAGGAAACCAGAAGACAGCUGGCCUGGCCUUGUCUCUCCUCAGGGCUGCUUCCUGCCUCUUCUUGCCCCUUCCCCAUACUCACUCCUUGGUUACCCAGAGAUGCUGGACAGCGACCUGGAGACUCACUUCCCUGAGAUGACUCCUCCAGCUCCCUGGUUGCCAUUAAGGCUGAGGUACUGGGGCGGCCACUGGCCGAGGAGGCUGGACUGUUUCUCAGAAAGCCCACACUGGCCCAAGCCCUCAGGGUGCCCUCUGGGCUCCUCCAGGGUAUUCUGCUGAGACUUUUCCCAUCCAUCCAUAGCCACACUCUGAGCUGAGGGUCCUGUUGCCCCAGGUAAUGGGUAUCAGCCUGGAAUGGAGUACAGAGCCAAGCUCCAUCCAGAGAAGUAGACAAGACUGAGCUCCCUCUGGGGCUCAAUGAUCUAAGCAACCCCUCAUUUUACAGAUGAGGAAACUGAGCCUAGAAAGGUUGAGUGACUUGGCCACAGGUAGUAAGAGCUGGUCAGGUUUUGAAUACAAGUCUUGACUCCAGAGCCAGGGGCAGACUCCUGGGAACUAGGAAUGUCACUCCAAGAGGUGGAUGAAGGAUGAUUUGGAUCCCGAUCGGUGUUUCCAGUAGUGGAGAUGGGAUGGAAUGGAAUCAGUCUCACUCAUGGCCUCCACAGGCAGGGAGCCCCAGGCAGGGGAAUGGAACAUUUUUCUAACCACUCCAGGUGGGGAACAAACACCAGUUUACUCAGCAAGCUGGUCAUCUAAAUUGAUUGAACCCGUUUGGCCCUCAUAAGUGCGGUGGUCCAAGGCAAUGAGAUGUGGACUCUUUUCAGCCAUUUUGAUCCUGUAGCCCACCCAUCAUGGAGCCUCUACCCCCAGACAGGGAGCACUCAACAAUCCCCUCCAGUGUUUACUUUUGAAUCCUUGCUCCUCAGUCUCUGCCUGAUCAUCAAAUUCCAGAUUGGGAAGAAACCUUCAGAGACCAUCUCCUUCCACCUGUCUCCAUACAUGAUUAUGAUACUUCAUAACAUCCCAGACAACAUGCCAUCAAGCCUUCUCUUGGAGACCUUCAGGGAUGAAGUAGUGACUCACUACCUCUGAAGGCAACCCAUUCCUUUCUGCACCUCAGCCAUUGUUAGCCUUUCUUGACGUGGAGUCUAAAAAUGCCACUUUGUAACUUUACAUUCUGGCUCUCUGCUCCAAGGUCUCCUCUCUGGGGCCUAUCAGGACACAUCUACUCCCUCUCAGUCCUUUAAAUACUUAAAGAUGCCUAUCAUGUCCCCUUUAUGUUGUCUCAUCUCUGGGCUAAACAUCUCCAGUUCUUUUUAAAAAAAUUUUUUAUUUUGGCAGGGCAACGGGGGCUUAAGUAACUUGCCCAGGGUUACACAGCUAAUAAGUGUCAAGUGUCUGAGGCUGGAUUUGAACUCAGGUCUUCCUGAAUCCAGGGCCAGUGCUUUAUCCACUACACCACCUAGCUACCCCACAUUUCGAGUUCUUUUGAUUGGUCCUUGUAUGGUCCAGUCCUUUGCUUCUUCGUAGCCCAUCAUGGGGCCUGCCUUUGGACCUCUUCAGCCAAUACAAAAACCCACUUUUUGUGAACCUUCUCAGUACUAGGCUGCUAGCCUUGCAAAGAGGGGGGAGAGGGUGCUUCCUCUCCCAACUCCAACCAUGAUCCUUUAAUGUUGGUGGUAGAUAUCGUUGGUCUGUGGAGGCUCUUAGACCUAUCCACUCAACCAGUUCCUUUCAUGAAUCAAUUCUGGCAGAUGUCCUCAUCUCCUCAUCCCAUUCACUCACUCUCUCUCUCUCUCUCUCUCUCUCUCUCUCUCUCUCUCUCUCUCUCUCUCUCUCUCUUUUAGUGAGGCAAUUGGGGUUAAGUGACUUGCCCAGGGUCACACAGCUAGUAAGUGUUAAGUGUCUGAGGCCAGAUUUGAACUCAGGUCCUCCUGACUCCAGGGCUGGUGCUCUAUCCACUGUGCCACCUAGCUGCCCCCCCCUUCACUCUCAAUGAGGGGUUCUUUCCCAUGACCUGUUGUGACUGGAUGGGCCCCCAGCUGUAACUUUUGGGUUUGAGGUUAGAGUCAAGGGUGAGGCAGCCCAGUCCACCAAGGCUGGGAAGGUUGGGGUGGGGAUGGGGAUGUUGCCUCGCAGAAGAUUCUAGGAUUUAGAAUUGGAAGAAGGCAUGAGAGAUUAUCUAGUCUAAUCCUCUCAUUUUAUAAAAGAAAUUUAGGGCCAGGGUUACAUACAUAGUAAAUGAUCAUUUAAAUCCGGGUCCCAUGACUCUAAAUCCAAUGUCUUGUCUCUACACUGUGUUGGGUCAAAGCAGAGAGAGCAGAGCCUGAGAUUUGAUUCUACCAAAGACCACAAGGUGGAUGUGGAGAACACUGGAGAAUCCCAGGCUGAGGGGUGCCCCAGCCAAUCAAGGUUAUCAGUGUUCCUCCUCAGGAGCUGGGCUCCAGAAAGGGAAGGGUAGAUUUAGCUUUAUUUGGGAGGAGGUGGGACAGUAGAGCCUAGGAGGGUGGGGUCCCAAGUGCUCCCUCCACCCAACUUAAGAGCUAUCUCAGUAAGCUGCAGUUUUACCUUUGACCAGCAGGGGGAGCGUAGCUCCACUCCCUGAGAUGAAAUUUUGGCCUUCCAGAGCCUUCCCCAAAUAAGCUUGGGCAAUUUAGAGGUAGGGCAAACGACCCAAUAGAGGAAAGUCUGGGAGCUCAGAUAGGAGGUUUCAACUAACAGAGGCCCCCUCCCCCCAGCUGUAGGCUAAGGGGUGAUAUGACUGGAAUGUGUGCUG